AUGCUCCGUCAGUUAAGACAAUUCUCGUCCACACGUGUGGUGAGACAAACGAUUGGAAAUGACAUCAAGGGAUCAACAUUAAACUCCACCAAAUACUUGGGUCAAAAAUACCAUGUUAUCGACCAUGAAUAUGAUUGUGUGGUUGUAGGUGCCGGUGGUGCAGGUUUAAGAGCAGCAUUCGGGUUGGCUGAGGCUGGAUUUAAGACCGCUUGUAUUUCCAAGUUGUUUCCAACCAGAUCCCAUACAGUUGCUGCUCAAGGUGGGAUCAAUGCUGCCUUGGGUAACAUGCACAAGGAUGAUUGGCAUUGGCAUAUGUACGAUACCGUCAAAGGUUCCGAUUGGCUUGGUGAUCAAGACGCUAUCCAUUACAUGACGAGAGAAGCUCCAAAGUCCAUUUACGAGUUAGAAAACUACGGUGUCCCCUUCUCCAGAAACGAAGAAGGUAGAAUCUACCAAAGAGCCUUCGGUGGUCAAUCUAAGGAAUACGGUAAGGGUGGCCAGGCUUACAGAACCUGUGCCGUCGCUGAUAGAACCGGUCACGCUUUGUUGCAUUCUCUUUAUGGUCAAUCUUUGCGUCACGAUACCCAUUUCUUCAUUGAAUUCUUUGCCAUGGAUUUAAUGAUGCAAGACGGAGCCUGUGUUGGUGUAGUCGCCUACAACCAAGAAGAUGGUACCUUGCACAGAUUCAGAGCACACAAGACCGUUAUUGCCACUGGUGGGUACGGUAGAGCUUAUUUCUCAUGUACCUCUGCCCACACCUGUACUGGUGAUGGUUACGCCAUGGUCUCCAGAGCUGGUUUACCAUUAGAAGAUUUAGAAUUCGUUCAAUUCCACCCAACUGGUAUCUAUGGUUCUGGUUGUUUGAUCACUGAAGGUUCUAGAGGUGAAGGUGGUUUCCUUGUCAACAGUGAAGGUGAAAGAUUCAUGGAACGUUACGCUCCAUCUGCUAAGGAUUUAGCUUCCAGAGACGUUGUUUCAAGAGCCAUCACCAUGGAAAUCAAUGAAGGUAGAGGUGUUGGUCCAGAAAAGGAUCACAUGUUCUUACAAUUAUCUCAUUUACCUGCUGCUGUCUUGAAGGAAAGAUUACCAGGUAUUUCCGAAACUGCCCACAUUUUCGCUGGUGUUGAUGUUACCAAGGAACCAAUUCCAAUUUUACCAACUGUCCAUUACAAUAUGGGUGGUAUCCCAACUAAGUGGAACGGUGAAGUUCUUACUCAAGAUGAAAAUGGAAAGGAUAAAGUUGUCCCAGGUUUACUUGCUUGUGGUGAAUCUGCAUGUGCCUCUGUUCAUGGUGCCAAUAGAUUAGGAGCUAACUCUUUAUUAGAUCUUGUUGUCUUCGGUAGAGCUGUUGCCCACACCAUUACUGAUCUGUUAACCCCAGGCACCCCAUUCCCACCAAUGCCAGCUGACUUAGGUAAGGAAUCCAUUGAAAACUUGGAUAAAUUAAGAAAUGCUAGCGGACCAAAGUCUACUGCUGAUAUUAGAUUAGAAAUGCAAAAGACUAUGCAAAAGGGAUGUGCUGUUUUCAGAACCCAAGAAACCCUUGAUGAAGGUUUAGAGAAGAUCUUAGCAAUUGAUAAGACAUUUAAGGACGUAGGUGUCACUGAUAGAUCUAUGAUUUGGAAUUCCGAUUUAGUUGAAACUUUGGAAUUACAAAACUUGUUAACCUGUGCCACACAAACUGCCAAGUCUGCCACUGAAAGAAAGGAAUCUAGAGGAGCUCAUGCUAGAGAUGAUUAUCCAGACAGAGACGAUGUCAACUGGAGAAAGCACACUUUAUCAUGGCAAAAGGGAUUUGGAGAGGACGUAACUUUAGGAUACAGAGAUGUCGUUAAGACCACUUUGGAUGAAAAUGAAUGUAAACCAGUUCCUCCAGCUAAGAGAGUUUACUAG